AAGAGCACUUCCGUUUUCCUUUCGGCUCCCGCCCCGCUCCGCCAUCAUGAAGUCCUGAACAAAAACGGAUGAGAAUCGAGCAAAAUGGGGAUAACACGAACUGGAGAUGAAAUCCGCCGACAACACUAACGUGAUGACAGUACAAAGUGGAGCACGGAGCGGAUGCGUAGAAGCUAAUAAAUCAGUUCCCCAUUGAAAACGUCCCAGGCAGUACCUGGCGUUACGUUAUUUAGUUAGCGUUAUUGCUAACAGUAGCUAAAGCUAGCCUCUGAUUUUCUUUGGACCACAGCUCUGCUGCUCUCACUGCUAGCUAGGUGGCUAGGUUAGCCAGCAGGCGUCAGUCAGCUAGCUGUCACUUUAAUUGACUGGCAGUUUACUCAUGUCAUGUCCUGCAGACGUGUUAGCUGUCCAAUUGACUGGGAGCAUCAGGAUGGAGAGGGGUUUGAGUAAAAGCAUCGACAGACAGAAUGUGGUUUAUUCGUCUUGAAUAGACACCAGUGCCGAGGAAAGGGGAGUGAGACCAAUAUUUUCCAGCCAGGCCAGUUAGCUAGCUCAGAGCUAGCUACAGUGGAUCCCAAAAGCCACGGCGCUGGCCAUGCCGUCGAGUGUGCGGGCCGGGAGCCUGAAGGACCCGGAGGUGGCUGAGCUGUUCUCCAGGGACGAUCCGGAGAAGCUCUUCACAGACCUGAGGGAAAUUGGCCAUGGGAGCUUUGGAGCAGUCUACUUUGCCCAUGACAUCCGCACCAAUGAAGUGGUGGCCAUCAAGAAGAUGUCCUACAGUGGCAAGCAGUCCAACGAGAAAUGGCAGGAUAUCAUCAAGGAAGUGAAGUUCCUCCAGAAGUUGCGCCACCCUAACACUGUUGAGUAUCGUGGCUGCUAUCUGAGAGAGCACACAGCAUGGCUGGUGAUGGAGUACUGCCUGGGCUCAGCUUCUGACCUCUUAGAAGUCCACAAGAAACCCCUCCAGGAAGUUGAAAUAGCUGCCAUCACCCAUGGUGCAUUGCAGGGCUUGGUGUAUCUUCACUCUCACAACAUGAUUCACAGGGAUGUGAAGGCAGGAAACAUCUUGCUAACAGAGCCCGGUCAGGUCAAACUGGGAGACUUUGGCUCUGCCUCCAUAGUUGCGCCAGCCAACUCCUUCGUAGGAACACCUUACUGGAUGGCCCCUGAGGUGAUCCUGGCCAUGGACGAAGGCCAGUACGAUGGGAAGGUGGAUGUGUGGUCACUUGGCAUUACCUGCAUAGAGCUGGCGGAAAGGAAGCCUCCUCUGUUCAACAUGAAUGCUAUGAGUGCCUUAUACCACAUCGCCCAGAAUGAGAGCCCCGUGUUGCAGUCUAAUCACUGGUCGGACUAUUUCCGCAAUUUUGUGGAUUCCUGUUUGCAGAAGAUCGCCCAGGACAGACCUACCUCUGAUGUGCUGCUCAAGCACCAUUUCCUAUGCAGAGAGCGUCCAAUAACCGUUGUGAUGGACCUGAUUGCACGCACUAAGGAUGCUGUCCGUGAGCUGGACAACCUUCAGUACCGGAAAAUGAAGAAGAUCCUUUUCCAUGAGGCGCACAAUGGGCCGGCACCAGAAGGAGGUGAUGAGGAGGAGGAUGUGGAGCAGUAUAUGCUGCGCACCGGUACUGUAAACAGCAUGGAGAGCUCCCAUUCUCUGCCAUCCAUGUCAAUCAGUGCCAGCUCCCAGAGCAGCUCCGUCAACAGCCUGGCAGACGGCUCUGACGACAGUGGAGAAAUGGCCAUGAUGCAGGAAGGAGAGCACACUGUCACCUCCAACAGCUCCGUCCUGCACAAACCCCUGAGCCAUGACAACAUCUAUGAUGAUCCCUAUCAGCCAGAGGUUGAUUCACAACGAGAAGCUUCAUCCGCUGGCGGUGGUGGAGGAGGUGGGAGGCGACGUCGAGGUCGAGACCAUUUUGCCACAAUCAGAACAGCCUCACUCGUCACCCGUCAGAUCCAGGAGCAUGAGCAGGGCUCAGCCUUGAGAGAGCAGAUGUCUGGGUACAAGCGAAUGCGACGGCAGCACCAGAAGCAGCUGAUGGGCCUGGAGAACAAGCUGAAGGCCGAGAUGGAUGAACACCAGCUGAGACUCGACAAGGAGCUGGAGAAUCAGAGGAACAGCUUCUCCAUGGAGGGAGAAAAGCUCUCAAAGAAACACCAGGCUAUUCUGGAGAAGGAGACAAAGGCAGUUUUGGGUGAGGAGAAGAAAUUCCAGCAGCAUAUACUGGGCCAACAGAAGAAGGAGUUGACCGGUCUCCUAGAGUCCCAGAAACGGCAGUAUCGACAGCGCAAGGAGCAGCUCAAAGAGGAACUAAAUGAGAACCAGUCGACACCAAAGCGGGAGAAACAAGAGUGGUUGGUGCAUCAGAAGGAGUGUUUGCAGCAGCUGCAGGCAGAGGAAGAGGCGGGUCUGCUGCGGAGGCAGAGGCAGUAUUAUGAGCUCCAGUGUCGUCAGUACAAGAGGAAGAUGCUACUGGCACGACACAACCUGGAGCAGGAUCUGCUCCGCGAGGAUUUGAACAAGAAGCAGACCCUGAAGGACUUGGAAUGUGCCAUGCUGCUGCGACACCACGAGUCCACCCAGGAGCUGGAGUUUCGCCAGCUGAGUUUGGUGCAGCGUACAAGGGCCGAGCUGAUCCGAACGCAGCACCAGACGGAGCUCACCAACCAGAUGGAGUAUAACAAGAGGCGUGAGCAGGAGCUGCGUCAAAAGCACGCCAUGGAGGUCCGCCAGCAGCCCAAGAGCCUCAAAUCCAAAGAGCUUCAGAUUAAGCGUCAAUUCCAGGACACCUGCAAGAUCCAAACCCGUCAAUACAAGGCCCUGCGCAACCACCUGCUGGAGAACACGCCCAAGUCGGACCACAAAGCCGUGCUGAAGCGGCUGAAGGAUGAGCAGACUCGUAAGCUGGCCAUCCUGGCCGAGCAGUAUGACCACUCCAUCAAUGAUAUGCUGUCCACACAGGCUCUGCGAUUGGAUGAGACCCAGGAAGCAGAGUACAAGGUGCUGCGUAUGCAGCUGCAGCAGGAGCUAGAGCUGCUUAACGCCUACCAGAGCAAGAUCAAGAUCCACACAGACACGCAGCAUGAACGGGAGGUCAAGGACCUGGAACAGAGGGUGUCCAUCCGUCGGGCCCUGCUGGAGCAGAGGAUUGAAGAGGAGAUGCUGUCUCUGCAAAAUGAGCGCUCAGAACGAAUCCGCACCCUCCUGGAGCGUCAGGCCAGUGAGAUCGAGGCCUUUGACUCAGAGAGUCUGCGUCUGGGCUUCAGUAACAUGGCUCUGUCAGGCAUCCCCAGUGAGGCCUACCCCAAGCAGGGCUACUCCAACGCCCCGCCCUCCAGCUCCCGCUCUGCAGGCCACUGGAGCCACGGCAUCCACCCACAGAACCCGCCCUCACAGCAGCACUCCCGUCGCAGCCACAACAGCAGCAGCAGCAGCAGUGGCAUCGGUAGUGGCAGCGCUGCUGGGGAGCGCAGGAGUGAGUCCUCAUCCUCCUCCCACGCCCUGGGAUUGGCCCUGGGCCUGGCAAGGGAGGGCAGGGAGGUGCACCACUCAUCCCGCUCUUCCGCCUCCUCUUCCUCUUCUUCCUCCUCGUCUUCCUCCCACCAUCAGCGGCACCACCUGCCCCAGCACUACCACCACCAGAGCACGCCUCAACUCUACCGUGAGCGAGAGCGGGAUCGAGAUAGGGAGCGGGAGAAGGAGAGGGAGCGGGAGUGGGCUGGAGUGCGAGGUUCGGGCGGUGACCUGGCCCACCCACACCCCCUGCCCUUCUCUCAUCACCUGCCCUCACGCUCCUCCUCUCAGUCCCUGGCCAUGCUACCUCCCCCUCCACCCGCCCCUCCGUCUAUCUCUGGUCCGUCCUCCUCGUCCUCCUCUUCUUCUUCCUCGCAGGGUGGGAUAUAUGGUGGGGGUGGGCUAGGUGUGCGGGGCGCCCCGAGCUUGAUGGCCCUGAGGAACAGCCCCCAGCCUUUGAGGAGGACGGCGUCUGGCGGGGGGCCUGGAGGGGCCGGGGGCAAUGAUGGAGUCCUGAGCCGAAGCACCUCAGUUACUUCACACAUCUCUAAUGGCUCCCACCUCUCCUACUCUUAGACAGGGGGAGGAGGAGAGUGAGCAGGGAGGUAAAAAGAGGGGUGGGAGUGCUUUAGGAAGGUAGCUAUCACAGGUUGCAUCUCAAUACCUUCAGCUUGCCACUUUCCUCUGAUCUCAAGUCUCAGAAUAGCCGAGGAUUUCCCUCUUUAAUGCACAGAAAGGGAGUCAACAUCAGAGGCGAUGAGAGGACAAGCUGACGUUACUGAGCUGCAGCCUGCUUCUUUAGACUCAGGGUGGGUAGAGAGGUUUUCUCCCAUUCUCAAGGGUGUAUAAGAGGAAGGGAGGAAUGUAAACCACCUAUAACACCACUGCAUCAAAGGGGAGCUUAGAUAAAAAAAGAGGAGGUUUGUGUUUAGUGUUUUUAUCUUUGUUACCACCUGUAUAAAAGUGAGAUAGAAAGUGUUCAAGGAGGAACUUUAGCCUUUUUUUUCUCCUCGAGCUGCAGAGAGAAAGCCAUCAGCAGCCACGUCUUCUUCUAUGAUGUUCUUUGCUGGAAUGGAGAAAGAGAGAGGACGAGGGGAAAGGGAGAAAAAAGGAAAAUUCUGUAUUUUGCAUUGUGUAUGUACUUGUAUGUAGUCUGUAGUGUCCAGAUAUAUCUAGCAAGCACUCGUAACUUGGGCUCCAGAAAGGACAACUGGCAGAAUCACAAAAAGAUGGGUUUACUUUAGUCUCCAAUCUGCUGGAGAUCAGAAAACACUUUUUAUUGAUUUGCAUUUGUUAUUUGUUGAUGUUUUCUUAUUUUUUUUCUUUUUUUAUUAAGUGUCAAAAGAAAAAAAACAAACAAACAAACACAAAAACAAGUUGCUUGGAUCGUCACCAAUGCCUUUAAGGGGUUCUUAAAGGGAUGUUGUGCCAUCAAAAUUUUUAUUUGAUGACUGCGAGAUGAUUUAAGUAUAAACUUAUUAUGAAUACAGAGAAUGUUUGUAAAGGAAAGAGACUCUGUUUUAAAAUGCAGCUGGGAUACGGCGAAAAACAUUUGUGUGGACAUGUACAAAAAACUAAAGAAAAAAAGCUUUCUGGCAUCCAUGACAUACUGAGUAUCUAAACAACAUAGGUGUCUAUGGGAGUCACUUCAAUGCAUGAGAUAGAUGUACAAAACAUUUGUAAACAUGACCAAACACAUCUGAAACGUACCGUACCUGUCCAAGUUUCACUGGCAUUUAAGAUCACUUGUCCCACAUUUUUGAUCUUUAUUGUACAUAUUUAUGGGAAUAUUAAAAAAAACAAACAAAACAAGUCAUCGGUUUUAUAGAGUAACAAAGAUAACGAUAGUAAUUUUGAUAUAUUCAAAUGAGUAUUGAAUUCAAGAUUUAGAGCAACAACUCCAACUGCAUUUUCUAUAGGUGUCAAUAUUACCAUAACUAAUCCUGAUGUAAUUGUUGUUGUAACCAUGUUCACAUUUUUCAAGGAGAAAAGGGCCCACUUUUGAUCACAGCAGUUGGAAAGCUGUAAAAAAAAAAAAAAAAAAAAAAAAAAAAUAGAUGAUAAAAACCGUUGCAUU